AUGACAAGUCUCGUAGGCAGCGAGUCCUACUACCACGAAGACAAUGAGCUCGAUGUCAUCUACCGUCGAUCCUUGGAUGAAGCGACUACAUCGGCACCACAGCAUGUGCUCCUUUCCGAGGCCACUGCGGGGACCAACCCUGAGAUGUUGCUCCUUCAUGUCUCCGUCCCCCUACUGCUGCUUACCAUGACACCUUUGUUGGUGGUCGUUUACAUUAGCUACAGGAUGGAGCUGUCCUUGGAACGACCCAUUGUGGUGGGGUCUAUACGAACGUUUGUCCAGCUCUCCAUUCUCGGGAUGAUUCUUCAGCCCAUUUUUGUCCGUGGAGAAACUUGCAGUUGGUUGGUUCUGGCCUAUACGAUGCUCAUGGUCACACUGGCAGCCUACGAGUCUAUGAAUCGAUCCAAGUACAAGUUUCCAGGCAUGUUCUUGGCCGUUCUGGCAGCUCUGGGAUUCAAUGUUGGAUGGGUAUCCCUGUUUUCCUUUGGCGUCAUCUUGCGACCCACGCCGUUGUGGGAUCCUCAAUACCUCAUCCCCAUUGUCGGCAUGUUGCUGGGGAACUGCAUCAAUGGAAUUGCAUUGAGUUUGAACAAUAUGUUGACUGCUUUGGUGGAACAGGCGAGAGAAGUGGAAUUGUUCUUGAGUUUCGGUGCCACACCCCAAGAGGCGACAAUUCGUUUGAUGCGAGAAUCUGUCCGAGUAGGGGCCAUGCCUCAGUUGAACUCAAUGGCAAUCAUUGGGAUAAUUAGUAUUCCUGGCAUGAUGACGGGUCAGAUCCUUGGAGGAGCACCAGUCACAGAAGCAGCUCGCUAUCAAAUGCUUAUCAUGUAUCUGAUAGCCAUGACAGUGUUCGGGACGAUCCUGGCAGAAGUCAACAUUGCUCUCCGGGCGGCAUUUGACAGUUCCUAUCGACUGCGUACGGACUUCUUUGUGGACUCUAAAGCCGCCAAGAAAGAAGGUUUCACCAGGAGUUGGACCAGCUUUUGCCGAGUCUGUUGGUGCUGCUUUGGUUGUUGCUUUGAAGGGGCUAAAGGCAAGAAGGACGAUGGGAACUCGUUGCUUGUUCCAGCAGCCAACGGAAUCGACACGGAAACUACAGGGCUCUUGGCGAGCGAUAACAGCAACAACAAACCAGAUGUAUCAGGCAGUGAAACGAACCAAAUUGAGUUCCACAAGGUUCGCUCUGCACCAGAUGAACCACAAUCCACAAAGAUUAGCUUAUUGCAAAUAUCCAACUUGAGUCACUCCUUUGUUGUCCCAGAAGACGAGGACGAAGAGGUGAUUGAUGACAAAGUAAAAGGGCAACCUGCUAACGAUACAAAUCCACGUCGUCGCGUCUUAUUUCAAGGAUUGAACCUGGAGCUCAAGGCUGGUGAAAUGACUCUGAUCGCAGGGCCAAGUGGCUGUGGGAAGUCCACAUUGUUGAGAUUGGUGGCUGGAUUGGAGCCCACGGCUGGCCCAGACUCUGGGUCUAUUUCAUUACAAGUACACGAUGAUGUCAAGAAGAGUGGCCAAAGCGUGUUUGAUUCGCAACUUGACCGAACCCAGUGGCGUAACUGUGUGCGAUAUGUGACACAAUUCAAGGUGGAUCUACCAGGGACACCCAGAGCAUUCAUUCAACGAAUCAACUCCCUUCAGAUAUCCAACAGCAGUACUCACAAUGUCAACGAUAUGAUACAGGAAGUGCGACGUUUGGUAAAGGCGUGGGGAAUGGAUCCGGGUGCAGCCUUGGAGUCUGAGUGGUCCCUUCUGUCGGGGGGAGAAGCCCAACGUGUCAUUGUGGCCAUUGCAUUGGCCUCACGACCAAAAGUUCUGCUUCUUGAUGAGUCUACUUCAGCGUUGGACCUUUCCUCCAAGUUAAAUGUGGAGCAUAGUGUCAAUGAAUACUGCGAAAAGCACAAAACCUGCGUUCUUUGGAUCACUCACGACCCUGAGCAGAUGGAGAGGUUGUCAAAGAGAGGCUAA